GUGACGUACUGUGAUUCCCAUUUCUCCAAGUUUCUGUGGCAAGGAAUUCCUUUUUUGUCCGUCACUAAUUUUAUCAAUUCACUCUUCUACAUAAACACACCUCUAUUAUUUUAUGGCCCAGUUAGCUGCUGCACUGCGCCCAGUCCCCCGAUUCUCUGCCCGCCAUUGUCUUUGUAGCGCUACACUAGCACCACGACACUCUGCAAACAGCUACCCCGCCAUAGCAACAGCGCAUACUAAACUCACAUCCCCCGCCACCAUCGUUAAAAGAGCCGCCUCCUCCUCCAACCGACACCCUUGCAUCCUCACCAAUUCCAUAACCGCCGGCACGAUGGCUUCUCAAGCACCACCUGCAGCAGCAGCUGCUGCCGAAAACUCCGACCUCGACACCAAGAUUGCUACUCUGCUCGAAACCUCUCUCAAGGAGACCGCCCCCACGACCGAAUCCGCCCAAAAGACCGCCAACGACAUUGAGAGGCUCUACUACCAGCAGAAGAUGUCUGGUGGCGAUGCUGAGGACUUCCUCUGGAAGCUCUGGACCAUUACCAUCCAGGUGGCCAAGAAGAUCCCUGCCUCUGAUGUGCGCCAGGCGCAUCUCGUCGACGUGAUUGCCAAGCUCAAGGCAAAGAAGAGUGACUCUGUCGAGAUUUGGGGCCAAAAGGCUGUCAUGUGGGACGAUCUCGCCCUCUUUGGCCCCUGCAUGCGCGAGGCAUGGAACAUCGACGUCAAGUUUGAUGGAUCUGACGACGACAAGACCAAGAUCCAGGAAUGGAUUUCUCUCAACUCAUUUGCAGCCCGCCUCCUCGGCGCAAAGCUUCAGUCGUGGAUGAACUUUGGCAUCUGGGAGCUCCGUGCUGGUCUCGAAGAGCCCCUCAAGACGGCCGAGGCUAAGAAUAUGCACCUAUCUACCGCCAGUGAGUGGCUCACCCACGCCGGCAAGGUCAUGCACACCGAGGCUGCCCAGGGCGUCAAGCCCGAUGAGAUGGAGGCCAAGAUGCUCUCCUCUGGCAGUCUUCUUAAGGGCCAGACCGGCAACACCACAGAGCGAUGGCAGUUUUGGAAGACCAGACUGGCUGAGCUAUCUGCUGAGGUUACCGCCGACGUCAAAGCCAAGGCUGAUGCGGCUGCCGCUCAAAUGACCAAGCAUGAGGCGUAAGCCGUCACUGGUAGUCUGGAUAGUUAUAAGCCCUUGGGAAAUGGAUAGAAAGCGUAAGCAUCGCUUUAUAAUGUAUUCAGAUUUGUUCAUUAGACAAUCAUCAAAAGGAAGUUUUAAAAUCUCGUACGAAGCGCUCCAUGACAACUUGCUCUCACCAACUCCACAACUCCACGCUCUCCAUAUAAUAUAUACAUUUGUCGUCAUCGUCGUCAUUUGUCCUGUCUAUGCGUACAUCAUAUCACCAUCUUCCUCAUCGUCAUCUUCCACCACGGGUAUUUCCUUCUUCUUGUUCAUCUCCUGGCGACACAUGGGACACGUUCCCUUGCUUCGCAGCCACGGACCAACACACUCCAAGUCGUACUGGUGGCGGCCCUGGCACGGAAGCUCAACAACCAAGCAGUAUUCGUCUUCGAGGUACGGCACCUUGCAGAUGGCGCAGUCAUCGUCUUCGUGCAGUGUCUUGCGAUUUACGCGGUCCAGCGAGUCGACAAACUCCUGUGUAACACCUUGGAUGGUCUUGGGAGGGUCCUGGAUAUCGGCAUCCAGCGACGAGAUGAGCUCUUCCAGGAAGGAUCGGUUGUCGGCAGUAGGUGAAGUGUUGUGAAGCGUAAGAAGCUGGUCUUGGAGCAUGCGGAAGAGGGCGGCCGAGUCGACCGGCGUAGGGACGGCGUGGGGGUUGUUCUGGGGAGAGUCGGUGC